UCCCAGCGUCCCCCGGUGCGGGGCGGGGCGGAGCGGGGGGCGGUUCCGGGGCGGACCGCCGAACAUUGGAGCGUCCCCGGCGCUUUUGGGGCCAUGGCGAUCCCCGGGGGCAGCGCCUCGCUGCGGGGUGACAUCAGCUUCUGGGUCGAUCGAACCCCGGUUCACGAAGCAGCCAGGCAGGGAGAAAUCCUGCAGCUGCAACAGCUGAUAGAGAGCGGAGCCUGCGUCAACGCCGUCACCUAUGACUCUAUCACCCCGCUGCACGAGGCGAGCCUGCGAGGGCAGACACAGUGUGUCAAACUGCUCUUGGCUGCAGGGGCCCAGGUGGACGCCAGGAAUAUUGAUGGCAGCACUCCACUCUGCGACGCCUGCGCCUCGGGGAGCAUUGAGUGUGUGAAAGUGCUGCUGUCCCACGGUGCCAAGGUGAACCCUCCCCUGUACACAGCCUCCCCUCUUCACGAAGCUUGCAUGAAUGGUAGCUCCGAUUGUGUGCAGCUCCUCAUAGACGUCGGUGCCAACUUGGAGGCUCACGACUGCCAUUUUGGGACUCCCCUGCACGUGGCCUGUGCCAGGGAGCAUCUGGACUGCGUGAAGUUGCUGCUUAAGGCAGGGGCAAAUGUGAACGCUGCUAAACUUCACGAGACGGCCCUCCACCACGCAGCAAAAGUGAAGAACGUCGAUCUGGUGGAAAUGCUGAUUGAGUUUGGAGGGAAUAUCUAUGCAAGGGACAACAGAGGAAAGAAGCCGUCAGAUUACACCCUGAGAAGCAGUCCCACAGCAAAAUGCUUUGAGUACUAUGAAAAAACGCCUCUGAGCCUGUCCCAGCUCUGCAGGGUGACGGUGAGGAAGGCUGCUGGGCAGCGAGCCCUGGAGAAGAUCGCCAAGCUCAACAUCCCUCAGCGGUUAAUCCAGUACCUGUCCUACAACUGACAGGCACCAAGGUGGCCGGGAAGGACACUGUCUUUAGAUUGCACAACGUGAAGGAUCCGUCUCUUUUCUCUUCUACCUCCCCCACGAGAAAUGAAUUUUAAUUUAAGCAAACCGGUGUAAAUAGUAUUUAUGAGGCAGCGCUUCACACCCCGUCCCCUUCUCUCUGAGGGACUGUUUGGGCACAGGCAACCUUAGGCAAGGUGUGGUGCUGAGCUGGGGCUACAGCCUCUCCCAGGGUGUUCUGUUUGGCUGUCACUGUGUUUCAGGCUGUAGUGCUCCCUCUGUGCAUGGGAUUUGUCUUGCCUAAUUUUAGCUGUCUCCAGCCUAAAUACAUCUCUGUACGAUCCAGCCAGGCUCCCUUUGCAGGCAGUGGAGAGAAACAGAUACUUCCAGAGCAUGAUUCAUCCCUCCUGUUUUAGAUGCCUGUGUUUGGAUGAUACACAGCUUCUUUGGGGCACCUGUCUCUGCUUGCCUGCAAAGGGAUUUGGAGGUGAUACCCUGGAUGUGGAUGUGCUUGUCUCUGAACUGGGAAUGCUGGAGCCCACCUCUCUGUUAAUAACUCGAGUGAUUACUGUCAGUGUCAAUGCCAAGGAAUAAGUCUUGAGUGACCUGUGUGCUCCAGCUGGAGGCAAAUUAAGUCCCCAGUCCUUGCUGAAGAUGAGCCAGCUUGUACUGUCACGCUCCUAUAGGAUGUCUUUACGUCUCCCCUUGAAGCCCAAGCAGGAGACAGGUCUCUCUGCAUGUCCCAGGAAGCUUCCUUCCACAUAGCUGGUCCCAAAGAAUAUUUCUCCACUUACCCUGAGCCACUGUGACCUAUUUGUUGCUUUUACGUGCAAUAAGAGGCAGAUGGGCUGCCCAGUGAUGCCCAAAGUGCAGAACUCUGUAUGGCAAAGGCACACCCCUGAAGUAGUGGUCCAUCUAAUCCCUGUGGCAUAGACCCACGUGUGAGAGGUAAUAGAAGGGCUCUGCCCUGGGAUUUGGGAUUUUUUUCCCUUCUGAGUUUGUCCCUUGGUUCUGGAACCUCUCUGGAGCUUGGCAGCAGGGUAGUGCACUGCUGAGCGUUGUGCUCGAGUCUUUUGGCUCCAGUAGGUGCUUUGCAACUUUGUACUUGUGUGAUUUAAACCUCCAGGGUGACGUUUAUAUAAGCAGAGCUGAAAUUGUUAUCUUCCUUCCAGAUGAGACGUUACAUACCACGGGAUGAAAGGGACGGAGCUCCCUGAUGCCAGGUCCUUUAGCGCUGUGAUGAGAGCAAAUUCCUCCUUUAAAUAACAGUAAAGGUCAAGAAAUCCUCUGGCUGACGUGGGAUCAAGCGAACUCAGGGCUCUCAGCAUCCUCCAUGCUGUGAAGGAUGAAUGGUAGCUUGCCUCCUGCCUGCAGCUUGUGAGCUCUCAUGCUCCUGCAGCUACCAUGGCAGGGCAAAAUAGCAUAAGCACAGGGUUCAAGAGCUGAGGUGGAACUGAAUGCACUUUAAUGGUGACCAGCAGAUUAUUAUUAUUAUUUUUUUUAAUAAUUUUUGGCUAGGCUCAUUCCCCACAUACCCCUUCGUUGCUUUUUGUUUUUUUGCAGUGUGAUAUCAUGUAGAACUGGGACAGGAAACCUUCUGAGACUGUGCUUUUUAUGGGAUUAUCUGUUUAUUAUUCUAUCUGGAGUUUUAUGUCUGCCAUAGAAGAAAUGUGAAGUUGCCAAGAAGCUCAGGGAAGCUCUGGAGUGAGAUUCACCCCUGUGAUUGUUAAGAUAAAGGUUUUGUAUUGUAUCUUGCAGCACAAGCUUCCUCUGCCCCAAAUGCUUGCCCUUACAGGUAAAUCUGUGUUAGGAAAGCACUCGCCUUUCAGUAUUCUGGGGUGAAAACCCUUCCUCUUGGUUCCGAUUCAAAUCCCUCGCUGCUUUUUUUUAACAUUGCCUAAGCUGGUGAAAUGGUAAAAUCCAAGUUUCCAAUGUACAAAAGGCUCCUGGCACAAGCAAGAAUAAAACGACCAGUUCCUUUUUCUGUCA